AUGGUGCCACGAAGCUCGAGCAGCAGAGAGGAGGGAGGAUGUACCCCCCCGCUUCGUUGUUGGGGCUCGCCGCGGCUGCUCCUACUGGCCGCCGCCGCCGCCGCGGCCGCCGCUGGGCUGUUCGCCGGGGGGGAGGCGAUGGCCGCAGCCGGCGGCGUGGUUGAAGCAGCAGCAACAACACAUACGGGCGUAAGAGAACAACAUCGACGCCAUCAUCAUCACAGCAAUCGCCAUCACAGAAAAGACGCGGCCACGGCGUGGGUGGCGACGCCUCCCGGGGGGGGGUUCGUUCCCCCCCGGAGCGGCGUCAGGAAAGCGACAAAUACCUUGAAUCCCGACCGUUCGGCAUCGUCUUCACGCCUCGCGGCCGUCAACCCGAGACAGCAGCAGCAGGGAGUGCUCGCCGGGAGGCUUUCUCGCCACCUUAAACAUGUGGCCGCCACCGGCGCCGCCGGUGCCACCAGCGGUGGCAGUCCGAGCGGCGGCGGCGGCGGCGAUGUGGAUUCCGACGGCGGCGGCGGCGGCGGCGGCGGCGGGGGGGGGGGGGGAGUUUCGCUUGGGGCAGCGACGACAACGACGGAGGCGGCGGCUGGAGUAGUAGCCCAUGGCGGCGUAGCCACUUCGGAGGUGGAGGACGGCGGCGGUCCUGCGGACGACAUCCACCCGGAAGCGGCUGCCAUUGCUGGCGCUGUUUUGCUCGAGAGCGCUGCAGGCGGGAGCAGCGACGGGGUCUACACGAACAACACCCUCAUCCCGGCGGGCGACCACCCGCAGCAGCUCGUGAGCGACAUCCUCGACAUCGUGGGCAACUCCAUGACCGCGGCGGACAUCGAGAUGCCGGUAGAUGCUGCUGGUGCGGCUAUCCCGCUCUCCGACCACCCGGGACCCGGCAGCAGCAUCAGCACUGCUUCGGAUGACGACGCUGAUGGUACCUCUGAUGUUGAUACAGCAGUCAUUGGUGACGUCGAAACUUGCUCUUCUGCGUUACAAGUUGUUGAGGGCACGGAGGACAAGCCUGAGGCCAUAUACGGAGACAAUAGCUCUAACCUCGGCAUGGUGACCGAGCUCGUGGCCUUCACGCUGCCGCUGCUGGUGGUGUGGCUUUCCAACCCCAUCAUGUCGUUGGUCGACACCGCGGUCGUGGGGGCUCAGAGCUCCGUCGAACUCGCGGCGCUGGGCCCGGGUACAUCGGUGUGCGACAACCUGGCCUACAUGUGCGGCUUCCUCGCUCAGGUUACUACGAACCUUGGUGCGAGCGCUCUUGCUAGCGGCGACAGCCUCAAGGCAGACCGGGCUACCCGCACGGGAAUCUUCGUCGGUCUCGGCGCGGGCGCGGUCGCCUCGGCUGCCCUUCUGAGAUACGGCCGGGUGCUCCUGCAGCUCUUUCUUGGCGGGAACCCAGCCGUGUCUUCCGUGCUUCCCCACUCUUGCUCGUACGUGUACAUCCGGGCCAUGGGGUUCGUGGCCGUGACGGUGUCGAUGGUGCUCCAGUCGGCUUACCUCGCUCGGAAGGACAUCGCCACUCCAAUCAAGUCCGUGGCCGGGGCAUCGGUGGCAAACCUCGUCCUUGACUGCGUGGCAGUGUUCGGGUUGGGGAUGGGGAUCAAGGGAGCGGCUCUGGCGACCACCGUCGCCCAGUGGGUCGGUCUGGUGUACCUGGUUAAGGAGUUCUGGCCGGAUCUGCAGAAGAGCGGACAGGUGUCCUUCUUCCCUUACCGCAAGGAGCUCAAGACCUUCCUCCAGCUCGGAGCCCCUACGUGCUUGGCCUUGUCGGGGCAGGUGGCCACGUGCGUCGCUGUCACGGUUGCGGCGUCGGGAUGCGACACGGUCGCGCUGGCCGCGCACCAGAUCCUGUACGGCGUGUUCCUGCUCUUCUGCCCCAUCGGGGAAGCCGUGAGCCAGACGGUACAGACGUACCUGCCGGGAUAUACCGUGAAGCGCCCUCCGCGCCGGGACGGAAGGCCCAGAAGAACGCUCACCUUCGGAAAGUCGGCCGUGCGCAUGAUCAAGGUGAUCUCGGCCGUGUCUCUGGGCAUCGGGGCCGUCAACACGGUCCUCGGAUAUGUGUUGACCGCCGGCCUGCCGUGGAUCUUCACCCCGGACCGCGCGGUGUGGGCAGCGGUGCGGAACGUUGCGCCCCUCUGCGGGCUGUCCCUCGGUCUGUAUGGCAUCACCAUGGCGUUCCAGGGUGCGAUGAUGGCGACGAGGGAGGUGUACCCCACGGCGGCUAUCUACACGGUGUGCAGCGUGCUCUUCUCGGGGAACUUCGUGCUCAUGAGGAGGUCGCCGUCUCUCAAGCUUGCGUCCGUUUGGGCGGUCUUCGUGGUGUACCAGGCAAGCUUAAGCUUAAGCUUUUGCUUUCGGUCGUAA